AUGACGUCUACGUCUACGGGGUCAUGUGCUCGUGCACCCACUCGUCAAUUGCGCUCGCACCGUAUCAUCGCCCGGGUCUGAUUCAAACAAGACUCGCUUGGGCCCUCGACACCGUACUGAAUCGCCUUUGCUGCCCCCCUUCGACGCCACAGGUUCGCCAUCGUCGUGCCCGGUCGAGCGGUACACCAAGCCAUCGCCGUACCCGACACCCCCGGCCAAUUCGCCAUCAGCCUCGACGACGCCGACGCGCUCAAUCACAUCUGCGUGUUCCAAACAGGUCAGUCAUAAUAAGCCUCGGAUGCUAUACAAGGAAUUCGCGCUCAUUCUACCAUUUGAUGACAUCAGCUCCUUUACCGGAAGGGUAUGGGUGUACCUUGCACUUUGAUCCGGGCAAGUGAGUCACGACAAGAUGCUGGGUUUUCCCCACCGACUUCUUGGUGAACCUGCCUACUGACGCUGGGAUCCUCUCUCUUUUAACUUUUAUACAGAGGACGAGGAUGGUCUCUGAUCGGAGGGUGAGUCCAGUGAGACUACGCAACGCAUUCACACCUACCCGCCGCCGGGGCUCGGCGCUCAGAAGAUCCCCACUUAACCCUCCCCCACAUCCGACCCUUUCGCCAGUCUGACGAACGACAAACCUUCGGCCAUCUUCCGACUCCGAGGGAACCUCAUCCCUUCCUCCUCCUCCUCGACUCUCUCCGCCCCGACCUUCUCUCCCCCGACCUCAACCACCUCGGCAACGCUAGGUAUCCUCUGCGAACCGUUGGCAGCCGUACAAGCCCACCUAGCUCAACUGCCCACUUCCAGCGCGAAUUCUAACGUAGGAGCGGGUGCACUCGUCGUCAAAGAUCCGAUGACGAACCCUACGACCUUGGCCAUGUUGGUCGCCAAGAAUAUGUACAACGCUAUCGCCGGUUUCGCGCAACAAGUUCCGGGAACGACGACGUACGCCGUCGAACUGGGCGUCGUAGAAAAGUGGUAUUUGUGAGUGUAACUUGGGGCAGCGUAUCUUUUCCACCCGGGGCACAAAAGUUUUUGAUCAUUUUCACUUUUGGGGGAUUGGUUUUCGCGUACAGUCGCUUCGUUGAAAAAAUUAAAGCCGCCGGCGUCGGCUUCCUUCAACAACAGGACUGA